UGCAUCAUACAAGCCCCUCUUAUGUUAAUUGCCGUAUCAUAUUUGAAAUACGCCGCUCCAGACUUGAGCGGAUGCCAACCAAGUUUAUUAUCUCGCAAUCUACGAGAACUCGUAUCAAAAGGUCAAAGUUCAAUGCAAAAUGGCGGAAAGUUGAACUUUGACAACCGAAACUUCAAAAUUCCGGCUGAAUAUUUCCCUCUUACAGGACCACAGCACGUCCAAACGAUGGCAGGGGAUGCUGACUAUCUACCGGAAUGUUGGGAGGAUGACGAGAGGAUGAAUUUUCUCUUUUCCGCGUUCCCAGACAAUCGGGAACUGAACCCGCAUCACUGGGACAGCAAAGUGCAGUUCUGGGCUGACUUGGUUGUUCACAGUUCGAGAAGCAUGGACGAAAUAUGUCUGGACUGUUCUACCUUACCUCAGAGAUUUAAGAGGAGUGGGAAGACACCGCUUGGGUUGCCAAUAGUGCUGAAUGAGAUGAUCAGACAAGGGAAAAUUCAGAAGCUGUCAGAGUUCCAGUCAGGGGUGGAUGCAGGUUGGGCGUCAUGGGGUUUUGAUCUCAUGGUGAAGCGGCCGCUGCGCUGGACGUUUGGCACACUCACUGGCCGUAACCAUGGCAACCCCGAGGGCACCUACCUCCUGCUCGAUCUGGUCAAAGAAAAGGCAGAAGCUGUGCUGACUACCCAUGAGAAGUCGGUGGAGUUUGAGUCUACAGACCAUGUUGUGGAGUACAGGACUCUACUGGAGCAGUGCAGACACUGCUGUAAGGACCAGGACACACUGGACCUGGCACUGCUGCACCUCAGGAAACUCAGGAAAGUCUGCAUCUUCCAGUCAGAGGAAGGGGAAAAGCUCGUUAAGUUUGCGUCUUCAGCACACAAAACUGUCUCACCAGUAACAGACGUUGAGGUUGGUAUCCUAAGAUUAAAGAAAACAGAGGCUUCUUUAAUGCAGCAAGUGGAAAAGUUACAAUCUGACAGUGACAGGUGCAGGACAGAUGCCAAAGUUUACCUUCACAAAGGCCUGAGAAAUGCAGCAAAGAAUGCCUUAAGAAGGAAGCAGCACAUUCAGAAGAUCAUGGAGAAGCGGGAAGGCUCCUUGGAAACAGUCCAUGGGCUCCUUAGGAGGAUACAAGAUGCUGAGUCUGACAAGAUGGUGAUAGAUGCCUACAGGGCAGGAGUAUCAGCUUUCAAACAGACCGUGGACAGAACAGGCCUGACACCAGAGGCAGUGGAUGAAACCAUGCUGGAUGUACAACAGGUUAUUGAGACAAGCAAUGAAAUCUCUGACAGCAUAGCCGGCGGACAAGCCGACCUGUCUGGCCUGGACCUGGACAUGAGUGGUCUGGAGGAAGAACUAGCGGAUCUCCUUGCUGAAGAAACACCCUCAGUGACACCAGGACGGACACCUAGUAAGAACCAGCCGUUCAUUCGGGGUGCCUUGUCUACACCAGCUGCAGUGACUCCGCAGCCACUGAGGGAAGAAACGACAUCAGUACCAGCUGUCCCCACCCCUACAAAACGUCAGCUGCCUGUCUGUGGGUUGGGGGUUUCCCCAGGGCCAGUUAGAGUAGACCUGGGCCCCUGCCCUGGCAUGCCGUCCCCGGGAGAACAGCCUUCCCCGGUACACUUCACUCCCAGUACUGCAGCAGAUGAGGACCUGGAAAGGGAACUGGAAAAGCUUAGUCUGGGUGAACCAAGUGAACCAGAGCUUAACCUGCCCUCCGUACCUGCCUCACCUGUGGGUGGAGCUGUAGCUGCAGCCGCACCUGUGAGUCAACACCAGGCAGCAGGAAGGUCUGAUACAGCCAGGAGGCUGCUGUUAACAGAGUAGUGGGAAACAUCAGUGUCAGACACAUAUUCUCAUCAUCUACAGUAUUCUCAGAGCACAAACUGUAUGUCUCACUUUAAAUCAUGGAAGAUUUUGAGGUUAACUACAUGUAUGUGUAGGAACCCUGGAAUGUCCUUAGUUAGUUCUUUGAUACAUGUAUGUUUGAAGUAAUGGUCACUUUUUUUCACAUGUGCAACAAAGUUGCCAGUUGUAUGCUUGAUAGUCUUACUCAGUUGUGCAUUACUUUACUAUGGAUACAAAGUUUGCUUUAAAGAAUUAGAAGUGACAUCACUGAUACAUGUAUCUUUAUUGGAUGAGAAGCUUGGUGAGAAACAUCUUAGUUUCUUGUUCUUGUAUUGUUGUCGAGUCCCACAUUCUAAAUGUAGGAAAUCUGUACUUUAAUCUCAUUAAGAUACAUGUAUGAGGACUUCCUAAUGCUAAGGAAAACUAAAUUUACAUCGUACAUCCCAUGACAGCAUGACAAAAUUCACUAUGGUAGUAAAAUUUCACUUUGAAGAACAAGAUCUUCAGUUUAUAUACAUGACAUUGUUAUUCCACUUCUACCCUGCAAUCAUAAUAUUUAAUCUUUUUAACAGGAUUGAAUGGCAUUGUUUAAUUAAGAUUUGGAAUGAACCAAUGUAUAGUAAGGAGUGUUAUUCUGUAAAAGACCAGAUUAGUUUUGUCUAUGAAAAGAAGGUUUUAUCACUGGGAAUGGGUAGAUGUAACCCUGUUGUCCCUGUGUAUUACUGUGAAUAAAACAUGUAAGCCAUG